AUGAACAUAAUAGAUGAAUAUGACUUAGAUAUGUAUAAAAAUCUUGUUAUGACCAAUAAUUGCAAAGAUGAGGAAUUAUUAUGUAUAUUCAAUACUUCUAGCUUUUUAAACACAAUGUGUUUUUUCCUUUUUUUUAUCAUGUUUUUAUGGUUUUUAUCAAUUGUAUCAAGGUUUUAUGCAUCGUAUAAUAUUAUGAAAUAUCUAAAAAAUAGGAAGGCAAUUUAUAUGAAAAAUAUGUCAAGAUAUAUUAAUGAAGUUAAAAUGCUUUGUAGAAGUCACGUAAAUGAUAUUAUAAGAAUAAAAAAAAAAAUAACACCAAAAAGCGUUGAUAAAAUAAAUUUAAAUAUAAGUGUAAAAAAUAAUAUACAACUAUAUAAAAAUUAUUUAAGUUCUAGUUGUAAUGAUUUAAAUCAGCUAUAUAAAUAUUCUAUUUCUUUCACAUUUUCUUCAAAAAAUUCACUGUAUAUUAGAUUGUUUUGGGGAGUAUUAUUAAAAGAAGUAAACGAAAUUAUUCAUAACAGAAUGGAAUUAAAUAAAAAAUCUAUAAAUGGGCCAAACACUGUAAUAUGCAUAGAUAAUUUUAAAAAUUUUUUUAAGGAUGGAUUUAGUAAAUCAAUACCAAAUAAACAAAUCUCAGAUGCAACUACUUUGUUAUUAGAUAAAAAAAAAAAUGAUUAUUACUUAGAUUCUAAAGAUGAUGAAAUGAUUGAUUUCAAUACAUGUUUUUAUAAAUCACCAAAAUCAUUUUUUAGUAACGGUAAUAAUGUUACUUAUACUAUGCCAUAUGAUGAAAAUUUUUGCGUAACCGAAAUUCUAAAUGAAAUAGAAGUUGAAAAGACUAAUGUGAUUAAACAAAAAGAAAAAGAGGAAAAUGAAAACAAAAAGAAAAAACUAAAGAAAAACAAGAUAGAUGUUCAAGAAAAUACAAUAAUGAGUAACGAAGAUAAUAUAAGAAUACCUUUAAUAAUUGUUUUAAAUGAUAUUCCUUCUGAUGAUCAAUUCAAUUUAAAUAAAGCUAGCAAAAAACCAAAAAAAAAUGAUAAUUGUAAUACAUUAAUUGUUUUAGUAGACUUUAAAAAAAUAAAGGAUAAAUAUAAACCUUUUAUAAUUAAAGAUAUAUGUGUAUUAAAUCAAAAUGUUUCUUCCCAAAAAUCAAAAAAAAAAUGCAACAUUGUUCAAUUUAUAGACAUUUUAGAUAUAUAUGGUCAUGAAGAACAUGAUAAAGAGUGUUUAAUUUGUAUGACUUCAUACAAAGAUACUUUAUUAAUGCCAUGUCGCCAUUCUUCAUUUUGUUAUGAUUGUAUGAAAUCAUUAAGGCAAGAAAAAUGCCCAAUCUGCAGAUGUCUUUUUACUUCAUUUAUUAAGUUCCCAUUAAAGAAUAUAGAUAAAAAUGAAAUAACAUAA